GCGAUCCUGGGAGGUCAGGGCACCAAGAUGGCGGCGCGCGCGGCGUGUGCGGUCGUGUGCAGGCGCCUGCAGCAGGAACUGGGGAAUUUGUCUGUAAAUGGUUCUAAGCACAGUACGGCCCAAACUGGCGGCCUCCUGCUCAGCGCCAGUAUGAAGUGGGCACCGUUGUCAAGCCUGCACGUUGAUGUUCCAAGGGAUUUGACCAAACCGACGAUAAGCACUUCCGAUGAGCCGGACACAUUGUAUAAACGCCUGUCCAUUUUAGUGAAAGCCCACGACAAGGCUGUACUAGACAGUUAUGAGUAUUUUGCCGUUCUCGCUGCUAAAGAACUUGGCAUUUCUAUUAACGUACACGAACCACCAAGGAAAAUAGAGCGAUUCACUCUGCUCAAGUCGGUGCACAUUUUUAAGAAGCACAGAGUUCAGUAUGAGAUGAGGACGCUCUACAGAUGUUUAGAGUUAAAACACCUGACUGGGUGCACAGCCAACGUCUACUUGGAAUAUAUCCAGCGGAACCUGCCUGAAGGGGUUGCCAUGGAAGUAACAAAGACACAGAUACAGCAGUUGCCAGAACAUAUCAAGGAGCCAAUGUGGGAAACACUCACUGAGGAGAAAGAGGAAAGCAAGUCCUAGCCUGGGGUGCCACCUGGGCCUGGAGGGAGCCGAGCAGGCCUGCCAUGAGUGCCAUGGACAGCUCCAGCUGAGGAGCCGAGCAGGCCUGCCGUGAGUGCCAUGGACAGCUCCAGCUGUGGAACCGAGCAGGCCUGCCGUGAGUGCCAUGGACAGCUCCAGCUGAGGGCAAGUCAGGCCCCCGACCCUGCUCUGUUGACUCCACACACUGGAGCCUUCAUGGCAGGCUGAAGAAACACUGUAUCUGUUCUUUUCUGCCUGAUCUUGCUUCUGUUCCGGUUUGAACAACAUUAGCAGACUUCUGUAUAACUUGAAAUAAAAUAUCCAGAUUUACGCACUUACA